GCCCUAAAUUUAUAAGAGGGUUUUUUGUUUAUUUAGUUUUUUACAAUAAACGGCGCCGUUCUGUACCUUUACAAACUUAUCCAGCACCGACCCAAACCAAAAACCCCUUACUCAGCGUGUGUUAUGAGAUUUUACAUUUGGAUUUGGUUUGGAUUGAUUAAUUGAUUUUAACGUUUGGUUUGGGGGUUUCGAAAAUUAGAAUAUAGAACCCUAAACUAAAAAUCGAAUGGAUGCGCAAGCGAGGAAAAAGGCAGUGUAUCGUGCUAAAUUGAACGCAAAGAAGAAAGACAAGCGCAUAGAUUCUCCUCUUGUAAGGUACAAUGAGCUUGAGCAGCCUGUCUGUAGGGUUUGUGACCUCGUUUUGAAAUCCGAAUCCCAUUGGGAUGCCCACCAAGUUUCUCGUAAACAUCAUGAGGCAAUAAAUACCAUCAAGGCUAAUGCAGCUGGACUAACCCGGGUUAACAAUGUGAAAGCUGAGCCCCAUAAAGAGUUGAUUAAACCUAAAUCUACAGAGUUGCUUAGUGUUAAACCUGAAAGCUCACCAGAAGUGCCCAAAAAUCAGUCAUCAUCAUCUGUGCUCCCUCCAAAUUUUUUUGACAACAAUGAGACGAAAAAGCUAAAAACCGGAAAGGAUUCUCUCAAGUCAGUGGAGACUGAUUUAUACAAAAAGACUGGGGCUUCUGCUCUACCAGAGGAGAGGAGUUCUUUAAACUUGGUGAGUGAAAUAGAUAGACUGCCUAGUGGUAAUGCUGGAAAGGCAAUAAAUAUCCAGCCUGCUGGGGAGCGUACAUCAAAGUCAGAAGAGAUUGCUGGUUCUAAAAUCAAUCAAGCAAAGGGAGCUCUACCUGAAGGCUUCUUUGAUAACAAGGAUGCUGACUUGCGUGCACGUGGCAUAAAGCCUGUUAAGCCAGACAUCAAAGAUGAGUACAAGGAAUUCGAAAAGUUGAUUCAAGAGGACUUGCAGGAGGUGGAUGACCGUUUUGAGGAAGAGGAGAUUGAUGCUGCUGAAACGAUAGAAGAGGCUGAAUCUGUCGAGCAGAAAACCUAUUGGGAGAAAGUGGAAAUGUUGAAGAAGAAGAAAUUGGAACUGCAGGUUGCCAGGUCUGUCAAACGUAGAAAAGCUUCUGAUGGUGUUGCCAAGGAGUCCAUCCAUGAAGAAUCAUCCAGUGAGGAUGACAGUGAUGAGAAUUUUGCCGUUGAUUGGAGAGCCCAACACUUGUGAACGUGCUUGGCAGAUGUUUUGGUAUCUAUGAGGGUACGAUCUUAAAAUGUUAACCAGAAAAUGUGAUGUCUCGUCUGAUCCAAACUGGAAUCCACCAUAUCAAUCUUUUCUUUAGAUUUUAAGCUAAAAAAUGGGAGUUGGUGAUGCUUACUGCAUCUAGAGAAACUUUCACCUAUCUAACAUUCUUUGGUUUGCCAAAGGAUAAAAGCUAUUAAAAAAAAAAAAAAAAAGCUUCCCACCGUGUUGGAUAGCCCCCUGGGGUACAUGCAUUUCAGAGAAGUGGCAGUCAAUGACGUGCAACAUAAGAACGUACAUUUUAAGCCUAUAUUCUGGCCUUACAGCUAUGAUUCUGUAUACGAUAUUCUGGGAUUGAGGAGAGUCAAAUUAUCAAUUAUGAACAUUGUAAAUAUUCCUUGAAUUAGCGUGAAUUGCAUGCUUAAAUUCUCUACAAAA